ACAUAUACCAAUCAGCCCGAAGGGUCGGAAGUGCUCACGACUCAUGGAGGUGCCAUCGCAAUGUUUUUCGACAUGACGACUUCUCUGGCCAUACUCGGAUGCAACUUUCCCGGCUGGGAGUCCAUGGGAGCGUCUCGAGAUCUCAAUGUGUCAUAUCUGAAGCCGCCCGUGGAGGGCGAUGAGUGUUUGAUCGAAGCGGAGGUGAUUCAGAUCGGAAAGCGGUUGGCGAUGACGAGGGGCAUCAUGAAGAGGGAAAAGGACGGGGUGCUCCUGGCCAUCUGUCAGCAUCAGAAA